AUGGCGCCGUCCGCGCUGGAGUGUUUGCAUUUGGCGGUCUUCACUGCAGGCUUGAUCUCCGGCAAAUCUGCACCGGAAUGGUCCAUCUAUGUAGGAUGGGUCUUCCUGGUGGUGGGUUUGCUGUGGAGACUGCGAGGUCUUGGAAAAGAGCUGGACUAUUGGAUUGCUGCUUGCCGAGAAGCCACCUUCUGCAUUGUUGCCUAUUACAUUGACAGUGUCGGUGUCUAUAUGGUUGCCGUGAUGCAUGAAAGGCGAUUCGAGCACAUCUCCCUGCAGGACAAUGUCCUCCUGCUGCUGGAGUAUCUUUGUCGCUCGGAGAUCUUCGAUGGCCUUCUAAGACGUUUGCCCGAGCUCAACGCAGAUGAAGCCGCUUUGUACCUCACCGCCUGUUGCGCCUUCUAUGCCUCAGAUGGUCGAGCAGUCCAAGCGAUCGCCAAACUCGCAAGGGUAAUGCGAUACUGCCGUUUGCUUCGCGUUUUAUGCUACUGCUCCACGGUCAUCCCUUCCCAGAAUCAGGCUUGUUUCGUCAACCGCUACGAUGAGACUUAUUCUCUCACUGAGCACUGGCGAGAAGCGGUGACUCAUAUGCGUGCCGGUGGAGGUUGCAACGACCUCAUCUUCAGCGGACAUGCCUCCGUCCUCACCUUCUGUGUGUUGCUCUACCAGGAUUUCGGUGCCCCACGCUGGUUGCAGGGCUUCCUGUGGUGCCGUCUUGCACAUGCUUCCAUGCGGAUUGUCCAAAGCCGUAGCCACCUCUCAGUGGACAUUGUGGUUGCAUUCCUCUUGGCGCUUCUGUUGUAUCAUGUGAUCCCAAAGCCACGGAAGGACCUGGAGGUUUUUGGUGCCUCCUCCUUGCGCUCCUCGGCCUUAGCUUGGAGCAGUGCCCUCGUCGCGGUGCUGGCAUUCUUGGCAGCGCUGCUGGCGCAGCCAGAUGCUGGGCCACUGAGCACCGCCAACCAGGCUCGAUUGGCGCAGGCGUGGGAGGGCAAACUAGAGGAUGGUGCGUUGAUUUUUGUGAGCCACUAG